AUGGUAGUGGUCUCUGGCUCUGAGUGUCUUUUACACGAUAGACUAAAGCCAAACACGAACUCACCGGCGACGCAGGUGAAAGAGUUGACCACUCGCGAUCCGGACCCACAGUUAGUGAGCGCUUUGCUGGUCUGCGGGCACCGGCCGGUCGAGGCUGUGAAUCAUCUGCUUCAGGCGAGCCGGUUUCGUGAGGCCCUCGUACUCCUGCAGCUUCGACUGCCUGCUCAUCUUGGCCAACCGCUUUUCGCCGCCUGUCUUGCCCGCUUGGCCGAGCUGCGACCGGGCAACUCACCUCUCGAUACCAACGGCUUGCCAGAUUGUCUAGCCUGCUACAUUGGCCUCCGGAACUGGCCACGAACCGCCCGCUUCCUUCGCGAGGCUGUUCUACGCUUAGAACAUCGCUUCCAAGCGGCCAGUAGUACUUCGCUCCUCUUAACAGCUAGUCUUGCUCGUGAAAAGGGCAGCCAACUUGUGCCAGCUGUUGAUUCUGCCUCUGCUUCACACUCCAUAGUCGCCACUCUUUCCGACCCCAGUGUCGAAGAGGAUAUCUCAGACCAGACAAAGGCACUGGUCUCGGCUGCCGAGCUGGCUUCAACUCUGGCCGCAGAGCUGCUGGCCACAGGAUGGCUCGAAGUGGUACUGCUGGACAUCAACCAAUUGUCUGAGGCGUUGCUGGUCUCACUGCCGCGGCACGCAUUCUCCUGCCUCCAGGUUGCUUUUCAGUCGACCGAAGAGUCCUUCAGUCUGCUCGACUUCCUAGCGGCCUGGGCCACAGCCUAUCUAAAGAAGCUAAGGCCAUCGCCGGCCCUCGCCGCGGGUCAUCUUAUUCUGUACUACGGCCAUCUACUGGCCUCAGCCCUCCGCUUUGCUCAGCCCCCCUCUCCGUUCUCAUCCGAGGACACCCGAGUCCCGCCGGCCCCAUGCUUCUCCGACGCUCCCAACCUCACUGCCUCUUCUGCCGAAGCAGGGAUAGUCCAAGCCUUGGUAGGUCUCACUCUUGAUCGUCAGUCCUCCCAGCCCAUCGGCCGGUCUGUGUUCGCCCAACUCGCUGUUGAUCUGGCUGUCUGCCAUCUAGUCGCCUAUGCCGACUCGAACUCCGGUGCCGAAGCCGCCGGCACUGGCUUCUCAACAGAUCAAAUAGCCUGUCAUUUAGGGCAACUACGCCAGACCUUGGCUUUGUGCGCCAGGCAGGAUUCGGUGGCUUUGGCUACUGUCUCCACCGCCGUCCGUCGUUGUCUACUUGGACGUGAUUCCUCAGCCCUGGAAUCAGAGAGGGCGCCUCAUGUACAAGCUGUAGUUGAUCUCCUUCAGACCUACGCGAUUAUCAUGCCCAAUUUGGACUCCAAUGACGACUCAAAAUUGGCCACACCACCCAAACGGGUCUCGUUCGUCGGGGCUCAGGAAAAAAUUUUUUUUGAUACCGACAGUGGUCUCGACGAGGAAGAAGUCUUCUCCGGGUCCUUUUUACGUACACGGAGCAGCUUGACUAUCGCCGACCAGAAUGGUCACAAGGAAUCACCAUCCUCAUUACACUCUGAGGAAUUGGCCAACUUCUAUCCAUUACUGUAA